CUGAAUAAAGAUAACCUCGACAGCACUGCCUCUUCUUCUCUUCUUUACGAGGCCGCGUCAGUUAAAACAGAGGGGUUUAUGGAAGAAGUUUGCCGCUUUUAGGGCUUUUGCAGGACAGUCUUCAAUUUCUAAACUCCCCCUCUCCCCCUCGAUCGAUUUUAUAUCAAAGUCAAAAAAUGAUUAGAGGAGGUAGAAGCUACGUGUUGUCGCCACCAGCCUUCUCCAACGACGCCAAACGACUCCUCGUUUGCACUGCCAACUCCGUCACCAUCUUCAGCACCGCCACCGGCUUACCGGUAUUGUCGCUUGACGGCCAUACGGCGCUUGUUACGGCGGUGAUAGUAGUGCCGGCGUCAACUCCAGCAAGUAAGAUACUAUGCUAUUGUUGGACGGCGUCACUUGACGGAACUAUUCGUUAUUGGGAUUUUUCAGUGCCAGAGUUAAUUAAGAUAAUUAAUGUUAAUUUGCCGAUUAUCUCCAUGGUUAUUCCAUCUUUAUUAAGUCAGACAGCUGAGACCAAUGACAAAUCUCCUAAAACUUUUGCUUAUUUGUCUUUCGAAAACACCAAAGAACCAGAAAAGGAGUCUGGCAAGGCCUUGCUUGGUCAAAUUAAAAAGUGUAACUUAACAAAUUCUCGUAUGGCUGGUGGAAUGACAUUGUCAGAGACCAAGCAACCAGAGAUUAUAACUGUUAGCUCCUCGGGAAAAUAUUUUGGUAUCCAAUUUAAGCGCAAGCUUCGAAUAUGGAAAGUUCCGAUUGCAGAGUCUGAACGUGCUGUUGUUAAGAAGAUCACGCUGCAUCAUACAAAGAAUAUGAAUGUUCUUGCAUUCCACCCAACUCAGAGAAUUGUUGCUGCAGGGGAUGUGACUGGAAGAAUUUUGAUUUGGAGGGGAUUUGGGGAUAGAACGUUUGCUGAUGGUGAUGGAUUAGUGAGUAGAAAGUUGACGAAUAACGAGGAAGAAAGACCUGGAGUGAGGGGCGAUGAUGACGCUGAUUCAUGCACCACAUGGCAUUGGCAUUCUGCUGAAGUAAAUGUCCUGUUUUUCUCUUCUGAUGGAGCUUAUUUGUAUUCAGGUGGAAAGGAAGGAGUUCUUGUGGUUUGGCAACUAGACACCGGAAGGAAGAAAUUUUUACCAAGAAUUGGAUCUCCACUCUUAUGGUUUACAGAUUCUCCAGACCCUUCACUUUCCUCUAUAUCCUGUGCAGAUAAUCAAAUUCAUCUACUCAAAAUGCCUUCGAUGGAAAUUUUGAAGUCCAUCUCAGGGAUCAAGCUUCCUCGCUCAUUUCCAGAGAUGUGCAAUGGCUUACAAAGUGGGAUUGCCUUUGACUGUAAUGCGGGAUUAGUUGCUUUGCGUACAGAAAACUAUUGCAUCCAGUUAUACAGCCUAUUUGAUGACCGAGGAAUUUCCGAGGUUGUAGUUUGUGAGAGAAACCAUCAACCAGGCGAUGAAGUCACGGUAGUGGUGACAUUAGCUGUUCUCUCCUUAGAUGGUUCGAUGAUGAGUACUGCUGAAGUGAAGCUUCCUGAGGAGGGUUUGGGAGGAUUAGUUUGUCUUAAGUUUUGGGCACUGGGAUCAAAAAACAAGGAGUUCAGUUUGUCUACCAUUGUUUAUGAUCCCCACAGGGAUGCAGGCAUUUCAGCUAUUGCUUUUCAUCCUACCCGCCCUAUGGCUGUCAGUUCUUCUUAUGGUGGGGACUUCAAGGUAUGGGUUUGCAAUAAUGGGAUUCAGGAGAUGGAUAAACCACUCCCAAAUUCUGGAUGGACUUGCCAUGCUGUUGGCUCAUAUAAAAAAAAACCAAUGACAGCUGCCACAUUUUCUUCCGAUGGUUCUGUUCUUGCUGUUGCAGCUGAAACUGUUAUCACACUGUGGGAUGCAGACAAGAAUAUUCUAGUGGCUGUUAUUGGGGAGACUCUGAUGCCUGUUGUGAACCUCGCAUUUGCUGGAACAUCAGAGUAUCUUGUUUCUGCGUCUUGGGGUUCAAAACCACAGCUAUCCAUUUGGAGUAUGUCAAAGCUGUCCGUAUCAUGGUCAUACAUGCUUCAUGUAGAAGCUAUUGCUAGUGCAGCAGACAUGUCAUUCUUUGCUGCUCUUGCACUUCUUCCUGAAUCUUCUAAAUGCAAUGAAACAUCAUUAAAAGGAAGAGAUGGUGUGAUCUUAUUAUUCAAUGCAUCUGAUCCUGUUCCUAUUUUUACCUGGUCAGUGAAAAAGGCCAAGGGAGGGGCUCUUGCCUUUAUUCAAGCAAAUCAGUUUGCUAUAGAUGAAAAUGAACUAGAUGGGAAACCACAUAAGUCAUUGCUUGCAUAUAUAAAUGGUGAUCAUGAGUAUUUACUAUUUGAUCCGCAAGGUAAAGAAGCAAAGGAACAUAGCACAAUUCGGCAAGAGGGUCUCGGUGACCUUGAAGAAGCAGGGAAAUUUGGGUAUGCGUCUAUCUAUGGGGAGCUGCCACAGUUUGACCCAAAGAGGAAACAGGCUUCAUGGGUCCCAUCUGCACCAUUGGAGAGGCCUUGGGAGACCGUAUUUAGUGGAUCAUCACAUAAUCUUCCACCCCUAACUAAAUUAUGUUCAGUAUUUUUGGAGUCUUUGUUGGAAAAGAGGACUGUCAAUGUUGAUUGACAUCCAUUGAAGAUGUUGGGUCCACAUGCUGUUCAUGCAUAAAUCUGAUUGAUGAUUGUAGACAGUUAAAAGAGGAUCAGUCCUGUUUCUUGUCCAUGUGAAAAGACAGGGAAGCUUUGAAUUUGUGCAGACAUUAUGUGGAGGAUCCCUGCAAAAAAUGGUAGAAUUGAAUGCUUCAUACCGCGUCAGCAUUGAUGAAAUGUUACUGCUUCAGAUGGAGAGCCUGGUAUGUUGCUUCGGAAAUUUUGGUAGGAAUCAUGUGUGAACGUUUUCAUAUUAUUAAGGUAAUAUUUUGUGACCUCAAAAGGGAAAAGGUUAAUUAGCACAGUUAUCUCUCUAUCUCCCGUUUUUAUUGUUGUGCGUGUAGAGGAGGUGUUCUUACAUGCAGAGAGCUAGGCUUGGAUGACGCUGUAACAUUUCUUUGGUAGAAAAAAAUGGCCAUAUUGAUGAUGAUUGUAUGAACUGCAAUUUUACGAAACAAGAUUAUUAGGAUUAUAUUUGUUUUGAAC